UCUUUGUAAUUACUGCAGGCGAUGUUUGAAGGGAUUCUUGUUGAUAUACCAUUUGCAACAUUCUUCUUGAGCAAAUUAAAGCAAAAGUACAACUAUUUGAAUGACUUACCUUCCCUGGAUCCAGAGUUAUAUCGCCACCUUAUUUUCUUAAAGCAUUAUGAAGGUGAUACUUCAAAGUUGGAAUUGUACUUUGUUAUUGUGAACAAUGAAUAUGGAGAGCAAACAGAAGAAGAGUUGCUUCCCGGAGGGAAAAGUAUACGUGUUACUAAUGAGAAUGUCAUUACAUUUAUUCAUCUUAUAGCCAACCAUCGUUUGAAUUCUCAGAUACGCCAACAAAGUUCCCAUUUUAUGAGGGGAUUUCAACAGCUUAUAGAGAAAGAUUGGAUUGGCAUGUUUAAUGAACAUGAACUUCAGGUAUUGUGAUUCUUGUUGAAUGAUAUUUAAGAACCACGUGG